AUGACGGACUUGUUACGUUGCCCGAGUUGCAAAAUGACUUUCAAAUCUUCGCUAUUACUUGAAAAACACAGGGAUAAAUUCUGUAUUGGUGCAGACACUGGAAGAAUAAGAGGAACACAGACACCCCAGGACAUGCUUAACAGACUGAAAAAGUCAAGACGAAGCAAGGAUGAACAUACUAAGGAGACAAAUAAUUUUAAAAGGCCUCUCAUAGAUUACAGAUUUUUGGAUUCCAGUGAGAAAACAGAUUUUGAAAAUAUAAAUGGAAAUGCCAGAUUAGAACCUGCACCUGAUAAUGAAACCCAUCUACGCUAUCUUGCCGAUGCUCACAGCAAGCAAAUCAAUGAUAUUUUAUUACAAAAUAAACUUUUGGAGAAACAAAGAGAUGAUAUUGUGCAGCGGCUGAAUGAAAUAUCUGCGCAGAGCCAGAAUACGAGUUAUCUAGAAAAAAUGAUAAGACAUUUGAAUGCUCAAGAACAAAAGAAUGAACAGCUUCUAAGUGCCAUGAAACAACAAAUAGACCUCCUACAAGUUGAAUCGCUGAAAAGAGGAACUAUAAGCAGACACAGCCAAUCCCCAGGCUCCCGAAAAGCAGAAAAAGGCCCACUCUCCUUGCAGCAGCUUUUUGUUCCAUUUUAUGGACGAGGAACUUUAUCUUCUGAAAUUAGUGCAUUGCGCAUGACUUAUCUGCAAAAUGGAGGAAAUGAUCAGAUGAUCUUGGCGCAUUUACAAGACCUUUUGACUGAAGCACAACUUAUAGAACAAAAAGAAAAACAUGCCCAAUCAAUACAGAAGAAAACUAAAAAGGGACAUGGUAAUGUGAAAUGGCAUUUGAAUGAAAAAUUAAUUACACUUGAAAUUGAAAAUCAGCAGUUAGAAGAUGAACUCUUCAAACUUCAACUUCAACGACAGAAGAAUAACAGGAUUCCCAAGACAACAAAUGGAGAUUUUGCAUCCAAUUUUGAGAAGGGUCUGCAGUUCCCUAGAUUCAGGAAAGAGACCACCUCCCAAAAUAUAAAGACCUUAAAUACCGAACUGGAAGUCUUGAAGCAGGAAAUGGAAAUUCAGAAACUAAAACGUCGUCUGAAAACCUCUGUUCACCGAGCCAAACCUCAGAUGGAUACAGUAAUUCCACUGGAAUUGAACAAACCAGACUCCCCCAAUCUUGGUAAAGUGUAUUUCACCUUCAGUCAUAAUCUGGAGCCAGCACCAUAUGACCCCAUUGCUGGCUUUGUGGUAUUUUACGACUAUCUUCUUGGCCUUGAUCCAUCUUAUCGAGUAUGCAGAACGGUAGUGAGUCUCUGCAAUGGGGGGGCAGGAGAUGGGAAAUCCUUCAGCCCUCCCUCCCAUUUAUUGUGAGACUGCUUUAUCCAAGUUCCAUGACAACAAGAGACAGAAUAUCGCUAUUUUGGCUACAAAGCAGGCUGUCCCCAGAGUACGUCCUUCUCCAAGUAUUUCACUAAUAAUUGAACUACAGGCAUCUGGUGGUUAUGAUCCUUAUGGGCAAGAAGUCAGUCGUCUAAUACCUCGGGGAUGGGUAAAAGUAGACAUUUUUGAUUAUCAGAACAGGGUUAUCAGUGGGGCAAUGGAAAGUUCCAAUUCGUACACUUCCUGUGAAACCAUCGCUCACUUCAGGGGCCUUGAAUGGGGUGCCUCAGGU